AUGCGACCAGGGAAUCAGAUGAUUGAGAUAAGUACGUGCGACCUUCAUAGGAGGAGCAUGGCCGCAUGUUCGCGUCUGUCGGCAGGGACGACGACAUCCCCACCCAGGGAAACACCGCCGGGCGCCGCCUUCCGCCAGGGUAAGGACAGGCCAAGAGCCAGACUUGACCAUCCAGUCAGAUCUGUUAACAAGAAAGGGGCACCAUAUCGUCAUGUUCCCCACAGCCAGAAACCCCCACAUCUCGUGCAGCGACGCAACGCACGAGAACGUCGUCGUGUUCAGGCCGUCAACGGUGCCUUUUCCCGACUCCGCAAACACGUUCCGUAUGAGCCGAAACACAAGCGGUUGUCCAAGGUGAAGACUCUCCGGGUGGCUAUAGACUACAUAAGACAGCUGGAAGACAUGAUCACGGACCAUGACAGACGCGCACGUGACGCUAGGAGGGAUUGUGGAGGACAUCAGGUUUACGUCAACUCUGACAUUCAUAACAUCGUCGACGGCGGCCGGAACUGGAUGCAAGGCCAACCGGAAGUGCAGCCAGGACAACCAAGAAGAUGUGGUCGCCUCGUGCACUUUCCCUCGUCAUGCGCACAAGUGAAUGUCCACUCCAAUGGCUAUCUCGAUCUCUGCGGGGGUCACUGAUGUGACGCAACUGACCUGUCAGAGACAUUGGCAAUGGACCUGUUCAUCGUGCGAAGAUAUAUCCAGUCACCUCGACUUAUUUCAAAACAUUUCUGGUCGAAUGUGCGCUGGAUGGAGUCGUGUGAAGGACAAAAUUGUCACCAGAUCCCGAUGGACCACGAGGUUGAAGAAACUGAAGUGGAACCCUGUGUUGUGUGGCAUGAUCUAGGUGUUGUUCUAUAAGACUGGCCGUACGUGGAGAUUUCGGGACAGAACUCAUCCUGAACAACUAAUGUUUGACGUUUUUAAUGGGUCGGACGGCCAGGCUAGAGGACAUGAUUAACUGGAGCGAUGUUCAUAAUAUCAUUCACCGGAUUGUCUGGAUCAUCUUCUGUUAUAUACAGCUGCCGUCAUAUAGCUGAAUAU